AUGGAGACAACCCGACGAUGUCAAAUAAAAUUAUUAGAUGAUAGGAAACUUGACCUAUCAGUUAAUAAUAAACAAACAGUAGCCGAUUUAAUAAAUGAAAUUAGUCGACAAUAUCAUUUAACUGAAACAGAAUAUUUUGGUAUUUAUUAUGAAGAAAAUGAUGAACGUAUGUGGCUUCCAUCUGAUAAAAAAUUAUUCGAUCAAGAAGUAUUUAAACGUGAUUCACCUUCUCCUAUCAUUUAUUUCGCUGUUAGAUUUGUAUUUAAAUCAUUUCUAUGGCUACAGAGUGCAACCACAGUCAUGCUUUUCUUUUUAUCAACACGUUAUGCAAUUUAUCGAGGAAUAAUUGAUACAAAUGAUAAUACAUUAUUUCAAUUAGCUGGACUUGUUGUACAAGCUGUUGGUGGAGAUUAUACAAAUGAUGAAGCAGCUAUUAACAUAAUAAAACGAGUUUGUGUUUUACCAAAACGUGUUGUCGAUAGAAAUAUAUCAAGAAGAUAUUGUGAAGACCAAAUAAUAAAUCAUUAUAAAGCAUGUCGUGAACUUGUACGAGGUCUUUGUAUUGUUAAAUAUAUGAUGUUAGCUGAAAAUCUACCUUCAUAUGGUUCACAUUAUUUUCUUGUCAGAAAUAAAAAUAAUGUAUAUGCUUAUUUGGGUAUAUCAUUUGUUGGAAUUUCUGUAUAUAAUUAUCAUGAUCGUGAAACACCAGUAAAAAUUUAUUAUUGGAGACAAUUAGAAAAUUUAUAUUAUCGUGAUAGAAAAUUUUCAUUAGAAGUUCAUGAUUUAGAAACAACACAUUUUUUAUCAUCUUCAUCAAUUCCAACAAAUGUUUCUGCACCAGAAACAGAUGAUAAACUUAUUGAUGCUAUUCAUGAUCCAUCAACACAAAUGUCAACAGGUCGUCGAAUUCCUCCAACACCAAAUAUUAAAGUUCGUGCAUGGUUUACAAAUUCUCCACAAUAUUGUAAAGCAAUUUGGUCUAUGGCUGUAGCACAACAUCAAUUUUAUCUUGAUAAAAGAAAUUGUCGUCAAAACCAGUCUUUACAAAUCAAUGAUCUUGUACGUGAAUUAAAUAAUUCAACAAUAACAUUAACAACUGAUAAUAUAAUAUCAAAUGGUUCAUUAUCUCGAUCGAAUACUUCAAUAAAUGUUAUACAAAAUGAACAAAUUGAAGCUGAUGUUGAACAAUUAAUGGAUUUAAUGAAAACACGUAAACAACAAUUAGAAAGUUUAUUAAAUGAAAAAAUGAAAGAUUUUGGUUUAAUUUGUGUACUUGAAAAUCAAGUUACUGGUGGAACAACAGAUGAUCAUGUGAAUAUUAAUGAUAGUGGAAUACAACAAGAAUUAAAAUAUCAUGUUGUUGAUGAAUUAUUAAAUGAACAAGUACAAGAGAUGGCAAAAUUAAAUCAAUUAAGACAAGAGCAUGACAUCCAAAGUAAAAUAGUAAUCUGUGCAAAAAAACUAUUACAUGAUCAAGCAAAAGGAAAUUCAAAUUUAUUAGAUUCAGUUUUAAAACAACGUUUUGAAUUUUAUACAUGUGUGAAAGAAAAACUUGAUCGAUUAACAAAAUUAAUCGAUACUGUACAAAAAGAAAUUAAUUCUCGUUAUCCUUAUGCUGACACUAGUCCAAUUAAAUCAUCAACAGCUACAAGUGGUAGUCCACCUCCAAAUUCAUAUAACCAAAGAUAUCAACAACGGAAAAAGAGCCCUUCACCAACUCAACAAUUAAAUCGUACUUCAUCAUACAAACGAGCGUUAGUACAUAAUCAACGUUCUGUUCCAUCAGCAGUUACAGAUGGUCAUUCAUCUGAAUUUGAUAAUCAAGUUUUAUUGUCACCGGCAUUAGAUAGAAGUCAAUCAUCUGAUCUUCUUACUAGUAAUUUACCUUCUGAUUCAUCAAAUAAUCGUCAACAACAACAACAACAACAACAACAACAACAUACAGCAUAUAUUCUUCAACCACCACCUCCUCCAAUAAAUUCUUCAAAUAAUGCAGCUCGUAAUCGAAUUCGUGAUCGUAAACAACAACCAACUUCACGUCCAGCACAAAAAACAACAUCAACAAGUAAUAUAAUAUCUGAUGAACAAUCUCAACAACAAUUAUCACAUAUGCGUAGUCUGGAUAGACGACAUGUACGUGGUGUACCACAUAAUUCAUCAAUUAAUUCAACAAUAUCAAAAACUCAUAUGAAAUCAAGUCAUACCGAUAUAUAUGGUAGUCUUGAACGUAAUAAACAUAGUAAAGUAUCUCAACCAACAUUACAUGGUACAAUAAUAAAUGAUGAAAAUAAUCGUAUUAAUAAAAAUGAUAAUCAAGCACAUGAUUUUUAUCAUUUAACACCAGCAUUACCAACACAAACAAAUACAACAUCAACUGUUGUUAAUGUUGGUAAUAUACUUCAACAACAACAACAACAACAACAAGCAUUUGAUCAUAUUGAUUCAAUACCACCUCCAUUACCAAUAACAUCAUCAACAAAUCGUACUCGUCGUCCACCACCAUCUGUCUUUCAACCACAUUUUGAUUCAUCAUUAUCAUCAUCAACAACAAUAUCAACACCUAAAGAUAGUUAUUAUACAAUAUCAGGUUCGAAAGAUGUUUCAACACAUCCACAUACACAUAUUCGUGGUCUUGUUGCCGACAAUUUUUAUAGUGAAACAUAUACAAAUAAACCACCACCGGUACCACUUCAACAACAACAGCCGAUGCAACGAUAUGAUACAUCACCAUUACUUGUACGACGUUUAGAACAUAUGUAUCCAAGUCACACAAGAUAUCAAUCACAACCAUAUAAUCGUACACAAUCAAGUUCACUAGUACCAACAUCACAAAUAUCAACAGGACGUUUAAAUAUAACUAAUCAAAAUCAAUCCUCAGCAUUACUUUUUCGUCCACAUAGUUCACAAUCAUCGAGUUCACAAUCAUCAGGACCUAAUUCUGGAAGUUUACAUGUUGCUGAAGAAUUUUCGGAUGAUGUACUUGGUUGGCUUAACAAUAAUCAUGGAAAUUCUGCUACUCUUGUGUGA